UCUUCAUCCUCUCUGUCAUGGGUUCCAGUGCCAACACUUCAAGCUUAGCUGAUUUUAUGCGGGGUAGUUGUAGAUGAAUGGUUGCUUACGAGAGUCGAUUGCUAGUUGAGUGGGUGCUGUGCUCUUCAGGAUCGCGGCGAGAAAGUUCCUCAUGGGUAUGGUUCCAUGGGGAAUGUACUACGCUUCGGUGUAUUGGGUUGAGGCGUUGCACUGCUUACGUUUGAGGUUUUCUUGUACUAGUGAUUAGACAGUGGCUACGGGCUGUAACUCUAAGCGAAUUCACGUCAGUCGUAAGGCGGUGUGUACCGCGGAUGUGUCCGUGCACAUUGGUUUCGUUUUUUGAACGUUGCCAGCAAAGUGGUGCUAGUCGUCACCACUAGGUUGCUUCUCUCCGCGUUCUCUCGCCCCGGUUCGUUUGGAUACUGUUGAGGGGUAGGCGAGUCCUUUGUUUGAACACUCUUACAAUAUUCGAGGUUGUUUUCGUUAGCACCGUCUUAGAUUUUGAGAACCCAUACUUUGGAUACUUGCUUCACGAGUUUCUGUUUUGUUUGAGAGUUUUCUGAGGCACUAUGUCCAGCGUUUCAAUGUUGUAUACGGGACCGUUGUUCGUCAGGUUUUAUUUGCAGUGUACGCUUGGCAUGCUUGUGAACGCGCUUUGUUCGAAGUCAAUAGAAAAAUCUUAUGUAUUUACGUCCCGGUAUCAACUGCUUUCAAGCAAAAUAAGGCAAGGACACUCUUAGGUUUUUACAUCGUGCUUUAGUUAAUGUGUCGAGAAAUGUGAUCAAGUUUCUGCAACUAUGAAUGACUCGUUUCUGUCCAGACGGAGCAUAUCAGGUGCAGCCUUCUGUACCGAUUGAGAUAGUGUCAUGUCUACUGUCGCUGUGCACACCUUUCACAUCCACUACUUGUGCUCUCCAGAGCAGGCAUGGUACUCUUGUUCGUUGGAUACUAGCAUAGUACAUUUCCUAGUCACGAUCUUGGUGACAUUCACCAUCUCGCUGCAAUGUUUCUUUGGACGUCCGUGAGUCGCAUGCAAAGCACCUCAAGGAAUAUUCUGGAUGAUUUGGAUUCUGUGCGGGGAUUUUCUUUCGAGUAUAAAGCAAGGUCCUACAAGGGAGAAGCCAGCCGCUCCGAACGCCCCCGAAUAGAUCCAUCCUUCCUUUCAGUGAGAGGCCCAAUGCCAGGCUUGAAUGGGGCUUCGACGUGGGCCUCGCCCAUACUUCGUGAGAUGGAGUUACCGAGCAAGACCGCUCUUGGUAUUUUGACCACCCCAGUGGUUUGCUGAUCUGGUAAUUCACUGCAUUCUCUGCUUUCAAGACGCCACUUCUACUGCGGCAUCAUGGCUGCGGACAGUUGGAGCAAGAACGAUUACAGAACCUUCAUUACAUCCAGACGGGAUGAUGUUUUCGAUAACCGGGAGUCGAGUGCUUAUGCUUUCAAGCGGCCUCCACCAGUGGAAGUGAGCCGGGGAGACCACUGCGAGAAGGAGGUUUACUUCGACACAGAUGUGAAGGCCUUACAUUGGGAAACUAUGGUGAGGAUGGCGUUGAGAAAAUCUUCCAAUUUGGACCAGGAGUUUGAGUUCAAGUCUGCUCCUGUGUCGCCGGUAUUAACUAGCUUGUCAAAGACAGACGGUGACGUUUACCAAGGCUUCUCUGCAAACUCUUCCGAUACCAACUGCAAACAUCAGCACCCAGUUUAUAGAAAACAAGCAGAGAUGGAGGAAGGUAACCAGCGAAUUCCAACUUUUGUCGUUUCGCAGAGGACCGUCCCGGGCCCGUUCAGCCAAUUGUCACCUGGAAGUCUUUCCCGAAUGUACCAGCCGAAAUAUUCAAAGUUUUGUGUUAAUUCUACCGACGUCGCCCUGGUGGAAACGGUAAUGGAUUCUCGAAGCUCAAGCUUUCGUUCUGAGUCUGGUGACAGGGAUGCAGGGUGUAGCAGCACCAGCCGAGACUCCAACGGCAGCUCCCAAGACGCUAGCUCAGUGAGCACAGAUGCGGCUUUUGAUCGGGCCUUUGAAGGUUAUGAUCAUCGCAGCAAUAACGCCACAACUCCAACUUUGUCGUCCAAACCGAUACACAUGGCGGUACCAUGUCCCACGGAUCGAGAUCGAAGGUCUGUCGUGACAGUCGUGAAUGAAGAUAAUGAUAAUACCCCGUCCAACGUUUCUUGGCUGCGAUCACCUCUCAAGUGGAAGGGCAUCUUUGUCGCCAAAAAACCACCCAAAUCGCCAGCUCGUUUAGACGCACGAACUGAGCACGACUUCCGAACUGCUGUUCGCCCCAACUCGAAGCUUGCUGAGAUAUCGGAUUCUAAGCUGCGAUCUGUGACGCGAUUAUUCAACCCUCCGAAUUGCGACGACAAGAAUUUGGCGCCAGGGAGCAAGCCCAAGUCCUUCCCCGCCCUACCCAUCCUGCAGCAGGGGCAGCCAAGCUCCAAGUCUCCGCAAGGAUCAUUGAAGCUGAAGAUGCCUUUUUCCUCGGAUUCCUCCGACGUGCAGUCCGUGGCCUCUGCUGACAGGGAGCGAGACCAAACAGGGAUACUCAGAAUUCGGGAACGGUGGUUGAAAUAUAUGCGAAUGCUCAAACCACCGUAUGGCAAGAAAUCAGAGGGUACCGUCGCACGGGGCGACACGCUUCCCCCUCAGAGGACCGCCCCCCAGGAGUACGUCCACACACGAGCCAAAUCCAUGCCCGCCAUCAUUAAAACGCCCCCUCUGCGUCCCCGCUCGAAUCCAGGCACUGUUUUUCUCACUUCCAGCAACAUCAACACCACCAGAGCAAGCACUCAACCCGCCGGGCCCAGCAUUGCCAGAAAGAGCUCCGCAUUCCUCUCUCACAGCAGCAGCUUGGUGUCAAGCAGCCCUCGCCUCUUGAAAAGCUCUAGUCCUAGGCUCAUGAGCUUGAGUCCCAAGGUGAAAAGCUCCCCGAAAGUGGCAGCCAGUACUAUCAGCCCCCGGAUGAGCAGCAGCAGCGCGAGCAGUAUGAGCGAGCUCCACAGCGCCGUGCAGGGCGCCAUCGCCCACUGCAAGCAGUCUCAUUCGGGGCUGCCUUCGCCUGCCCCCAGUGCCCAUCGCUUCUAGCACACGCCCCUACCCCCGGCAACUACUACUGUCCCGCUCACGGAGACUUCAUGCCUCAAGCUAGCUCUACACUCCAUCUCCUGGGUUUCAAAAACAAGUUGCAGCGCUUUAGCUGUGGUUUUACACGUUGACGGUCCUUGUCCUUGGAAUGUUCUGUGUACAUAUCGGACGGAUCUCUACACGGCGACGCUUUCUAUAACGUGUGUUUUGGGAGGCAGUUAUCAAACCAACCCAUGAAGUGCCUGGAGAGAGAAUCCGCAGCGAGGUGAGGCUCAUCGAAGGCAGUGUGUCGACAGCUCCAUCAGACAAUCGAUAGAGAUGCGUAACACAUGUUUUGUAAGGCACGGAUCGAAAUAGUCUACUGCAGGACCAUCGUUGCAGCUUUUAUUCCAAUUCCGAGUUUUCCAUCACCGCUUACGUUCUCUGUCUGCGUGAUUUCUCCUCAAACCCACCUCCGUCGGCGUCUUCGCUGCGUGCCUGUUUUUCUUGAUGUUAUGUCAGCUCGCGCCAUGACGAGACCACGUGGUGAACGCUAGUUUUUUGCAAGCUCGCCGUGGCCAUGGCCUCUCUGCAGGUCCCGGCAUGUUGGUCUUCAUGUAUCCCUUGAGGAUUGUUGUGCAAUGGCUUGUUCCUCGUUGCGAAGAAGCUUUUCCUUCUCAUCCGCGUCGCAUAAUACAAGUCUCAUUCAUCUUUUCAGUUCAC